GAUUGACAGACGGAGGGAUUGACCUCACCAUCAUGCUUUACAUGCAGUAACCGGAGAUCUAACGGUGACGAACGUCGGACCAUCGCCUUAAAACUCACACGAUUCGCGUUCGUCCAUAACGAAGAUAACAGAAAGGUGUCUGGAGAAGCAGCCGGGUGUUUCUUCGCUCGAUGACCAGAUUAUCGGCAGUUUAACUAAUGCGUUCUACUUAAUAAGCCGCGUUGUUUUAUCAUAUGUUAAUAAAUGCUCAACUGUAAGUUGUCCAAAGACUCCAGAAGUGUGUUUUCGGAACUGAGAAUGUUCGAGACUCAAGGAAUCUUCGGGGUUUGUGUGGAUGUGAGCUGUUUGCUGCUCGCUGGACUUCCAUUUGCGAUACUGAAUAUUCAGCACACGCCGUUCAAAAGAGGCUUUUUUUGCAGCGAUGACUCCAUCAGGUACCCCUUUAAAGAAGAUACCAUAUCCUACCAGUUACUGAUGGGGAUAAUGAUUCCAUUCGCGCUGUUGACAAUAAUCUUUGGAGAGUGUUUUUCGAUAUAUCUGCGGUCCAGAGCUUCUUUCAGUUAUGAGUAUAUUGCAUGUGUGUACAAGGCCGUAGGAUCAUUCGUGUUUGGAGCGGCGUUGAGUCAGUCUCUGACUGAUAUCGCCAAAUACACCAUCGGCCGUCUGCGACCGCACUUUCUGACCGUGUGUAAACCAGACUGGAGCCUCAUUGACUGUAAAUCGGGUUAUAUUGAGAACUUCACAUGCACAGGAGAUCCAGUCAUCAUCAAUGAAGGCCGACUUUCCUUUUAUUCUGGUCACUCAUCAUUCUCCAUGUACUGUAUGCUGUUCCUCGCGCUGUAUAUUCACUCUAGAAUGAGAGCAAGUUGGGCUCGACUGGUUCGUCCGACUCUGCAGUUCUCUUUCAUCGCCGUGUCUCUUUACGUGGGUCUGUCGCGCGUCUCUGAUUAUAAACACCACUGGAGUGAUGUUCUCACUGGAUUCGUUCAGGGAGCCGCUGUGGCACUGUUUACUGUGUUCUUUGUAUCGGAUCUGAUCAGCGCCAAACGCACGUCAGAUAAAGACGAUGAGAUCUCACACACGAGUCAGCAGGAGACGUCAGAUCCGCCGAACCACUACGGCAGCACAGACUAACACAGAACGCACUGGAUUUGGAAGGAAUCGUUGUGGAUUUUUCAUUUUUACAGUAACAUGCAAUCCUUUCCACAACUGAUUCACUUCAAUUUUAUAAUAUUACUGCGCAAAAGAUCAUUUUUCAUAAUGCACAGCAGUAGAGAAGAUUAAAAUGUCAUCAUGAUAAAUACAGCGGCAGUGCAACAAUAUUCACACUGCAGUGGCUGCAUAUACAUUACAUUUAUAUUUAGUCGUUUAGCGGAUGCUUUAUCCAAAGCAACUUACAAAUGAGGACAAUAGAAGCAAUCAAAAUAAAUAAGAGCAAUGAUAUACUAGUGCUAUAACAAGUCUCAGUUAGCGUAAUGGAGUCAUGUUAUAAAUAAAAAGAAAACUAAAAAAUAAAAGGAUAGAAUAGGUAAAUAAUAGAUCGAGUUAGUGUUAGAGGCCUUUUUUACUUUUAUUAAUUGUAUAAUAAAUAAGACCGAUAUAAUGCAAAAAGAUUAGAGAAGCCAUUUUUAAGAAAACAAGGUGUUGAAUAAAUAGGAGGAUUAGAAUAGAGAGUGCUGAAGUUAGAGGGUCAAAAACAGGUGGAAGAGAUGUGUUUUUUGUUGAUUCUUCAAACAUUAAUGCCUUGAAUUUAAUGCGAGCAGUUAUUGGUAGCCAGUGCAAAUUGAUAAACAGAGGUGUGACAUGUAUUCUUUUCAGCUCAUUAAAACUGAAUCUUGCUGCCGCGUUUUUAAUUAAUUGUAAAGGUUUGAUAGAACUGGCUGGAAGACCUGCCACGAGAGCAUUGCAAUAGUCCAUCCUGGACACAACAAGAGCUUGAACAAGGAGUUGUGCAGCAUGUUCCGAAAGAAAGGGCCUGAUCUUCUUGAUGUUGAACAAAGCAAAUCUGCAGGAUCGGACAGUUUUAGCAAUGUGGUCUGAGAAAGUCAGCUGAUCAUCAAUCAUAACUCCAAGGCUUCUAGCUGUUUUUGAAGGAGUUAUGGUUGAUGUGCCUAACUUGAUGGUGAAAUUGUGAUGAAACGAUGGGUUUGCUGGAAUCACAAGCAGUUCUGUCUUGGCAAGGUUGAGUUGAAGGUGAUGGUCAAUCAUCCAGGAAGAAAUGUCUGUUAGACAAGCUGAGAUGCGAAUAGCUACCGUCGGAUCAUCAGGAUGGAAUGAGAGGUAGAGUUGAGUGUCAUCAGCAUAGCAGUGGUAUGAAAAGCCAUGUUUCUGAAUGACAGAACCUAAUGAUGCCAUGUAGACAGAGAAGAGAAGUGGUCCAAGAACUGAGCCCUGAGGCACCCCAUAGUUAGAUGUUGCGACUUGGACACAUCACCACUCCAAGGUACUUUGAAGGACCUAUUUGAUCGGUAAGACUCAAACCACUGGAGUGCGGUUCUUGAGAUGUCCUUUGUCAGUAGGGUUGACAGGAACAAGUUAAGUAUUGAAGAUUUGGAUCCCGCUCUUGUCAGUCUUAGGGCUUCAGAUUCUCAGUUGAAUGUCCACUUCUGAAGCCAGAUUGGUUGCUGUCAAGGAGGUUGUUCUGUGUGAGAAAGGCAGAGACUUGGUUGAAGUUAUAUUAGUUAUUGCUCUGAAUGUGGCAGUGUAAAAAAAAUUGUCUUUCCUUACAGACCUUGUAGUGUUAUUUAUACAACUAAAUGUUCCUACUCUGUGUUUAUUAGAUUCUGAGCAACCUUUAACUUCUAUGGGACCCUUUCCAUUACAUUAUAGUAUAAAGAGGUUCUUUAGAUUAUUAAAAGUUUUUCACAGUAAGAAAAGAUGGUCCACUGACAAAAUAAUGGUUCUUCUAUGGCAUUGCUGUGAAAACACCCUCCUGUAAGUUUUAUUUUUAAGAGCGUAUGCAACCCUAGCCAUCAAGCAAUCCAACAUUUCUAUAUGAUAAUAUUAAUGCAGUAACCAAGUACACGUCUUAUUUCAGCUAGGUUGUUUUUAAAUGUUAAAGAAGACUAUAUCAACCAAUGUAUCGUACACUUGACUGUAAACCCUUUAUUUCUAUGGUUUACAGUUGCUUUCUUUUGUGUGUUUGUCAAAUUGUCAUAAUAAAAAGGAAAGUAGUUGUGGACCGAAAUAUGAACAUCCAAAGUUUUUCAAUUGCAUUGAAUUCAACUCAUUUUGUGUUUAUUUUAAUAAUUUGUAUUUUUAUUGUUUUUAAUGCAAAUGUUUUUUUUUAAAUGAAAAUAGAAUUCAUAGUGUUACUUUUUUUUUCAUUUUUAUUAUUUUUAAUGCAAAUGGUAAGACCUCAAGCUGUAAAUGUCCAAGCACUUGAAUCAUUUUUGUUUAUGUUUUUAAUAGCUUUAAAUGCAACUUUUUUAUAUGUUUUUUUUAUGUGCUGUUUUAUUUUUAAUUCACUGGCAGCUGUGCUAGUGUGAACCAAUGAAACAUGGUACUGUAAAAUGUUUUUGCAAUUAAAGCUCUGCCAGACCAA